AUGGGCUGCGGUAACUCUACGGCCACCAGCGCGGGGACCGGCCGAGGCCCUGCAGGAGCAGCUAAAGAUGCAACAGAAGAAUCGAUAACGGAAGAUGACAAGAGGAGAAACUAUGGAGGGGUAUAUGUAGGUCUGCCAUCUGAAGCUGUCAAUAUGAUAUCUAAUCAAACAAAGACUGUACGCAAAAAUUAGAAGAAAAUAUCAUGACUCAAUAAUCAAGAGCUUGCUCAUUGAGAUUUGGAAGGAAUUGCAUUCCACGGGACAUCAUAAUGUGUACAGAAAUUUCCAAGGAAAUUCUAAAUAGUCGCCUGCUCCGCCUCCCCUCUCCACCCAAAUUCUUAAGUCUGUAAUUGAAACCAUGGGUACAUGUUGAAUGUUGUACUAGAAAGGAAUCAGGUCAACAAUACACGGGUAUAUGGAACUUUCUGGGGUCCUUCUGUGAAAGACAAGCUGACAAACUGCUGGUAUCUGGAGCUAGCCUGCUGUGUCUGGCAGGACUUGUUCCCUGGCCAUUCAGCACAGCUCAUGAAGAUCAUGUCUUUUCACUGAUAAUUUUUUGAUAGUUUUUAUAUAACAAAAUCCUUAUUCUAUUUAUAACUUCAGAUAAGAAGGCACUAUAAAUGAAUCCCUAACGUAAUAUAUUUGUGGGUUACCUUUCACUAUUUUUAUGUCACAUUAAUUUUUAGCUGUAAAACGGUUAAAUUGUUUCUUAACGGUUCUCUCUUGACUGUUUUUUAUGUUUUGGUUUUCAGCUUUGUGUAAGUGUCAGAGGAUUUCUUCUGUUAGGAACAAUGUAUGACAUUGCAAUGUUGAAAAAUAAGCCACCAAAAUUCGCAUGCCUUAUGCAUGUUUUGAUUGAUUUUCUAUUUUCUUUAGUCAAAGGCUGAUGUCACCAUGAAUCCUUUGCAGUCAUUGAUUCUCCCAUUCUCCUUUGUGUGAUCAUAGCAUCUCAUCAAGUUAAUCCUAUAGUAUUUUCAAGGACUUAUGAUUGAUGUUAGUGGUGUAUUUGGAAAGUUCUUAAUUUGAGGAUGACCAUGUGUAGCCACUUAGUACUACAAUGUAGAUUACUCAAUUUACCAAUAUAUUUCAACAUUAAAAAAUUUUUAUCCCUCUUUAA